AUGGUCUUGUCUAAUGUAAAAGCUGAUAUCAAAUAUCACAGCAUUCUCCAAGAUUCGGACUUGGACACGCAGUUAGGUGGGGAGAAGAGUGUGGGCGCAGUGAGUGUGGGUGCAUUGAGCGUAGGUGUGCAACUUGUGGACGAAGGGGACGAAGACGAUGGAUUAUUCAAAGCGGCUAUUAUGCAAGAUGAAAACUUUUAG